AUGUCCGUCACCUUAGCUCUUGAUCCUGUCACGGUCAAGGGUAAUGCGUUCUUUGUGGGUGACACUCGUUUCUAUAUUAAAGGUGUAGCUUACCAACCAGGUGGCUCAUCUGAUUUAAGCGACCCCUUAUCUGAUCCUGAAAUCUGCAAAAGAGAUAUCACCUAUUUCAAGGAGUUGGGAAUCAACACCAUUAGAGUUUAUUCUGUCGAUAAUACCGCUGAUCAUGAUGAAUGUAUGGCAGCCUUAGCUGAUGCUGGGAUUUAUCUUUUAUUGGAUGUUAAUAUUCCAGAUGCUUCUAUCAGUAGAUCAGAUCCAGAAUGUUCUUAUAACGGGAUGUACUUGGAACAAGUGUUUGCUACAGUGAAGAUGUUUGCUGAAUACGAUAAUGUAUUGGGAUUCUUUGCUGCCAAUGAAGUUAUCAACACAGCUGGUACUUCUAACACUGCACCUUAUGUUAAAGCCGUGGUUAGAGAUAUGAAGAACUUUUUAUACCAAAGAGGGUUAAGACAAAUCCCCGUGGGCUAUUCCGCUGCUGACAUCGAUGAAAUCAGAUUGGACACCGCCAACUUCUUCAACUGUGGCAAUGAUUCGAUGGCCAGAGUCGAUAUGUUUGGAUUCAACGAUUACUCCUGGUGUGGCCGGGCUUCCUCCUUCACCAUUUCCGGUUACGAUAAAAAGGUUGAAGAAUUCGGUAACUAUUCCAUUCCUUUAUUCUUUUCUGAAUUCGGUUGUAACACCCAAAGACCAAGAUUAUGGAACGAAGUAGAGUCUCUUUAUUCAACGGAUAUGAGUGCUGUGUUCUCUGGUGGUCUUGCGUACGAAUACUCGGAAGAAAAGAACAACUAUGGUUUGGUCGAACUUAGUGGUGAUAGUGUUGAAUUGUUGGAGGAUUUCACCAAUUUGGCUGCCAAGUUCAACUCCACUGCCGAUCCUCUGGGUGACGGUGGAUACAAACAAAAUGGUGUUUAUUCUACUUGUCCUGAACUUGGAGCAGAUUGGAACUCAACUAAUGUGAUUCCUGAUACUCCACAAUAUGGUGAAAUGAUGAUCUAUGGGGAAAUUGAACCUCAAGGUGGUGGUUAUAAUGCCAGUACUCAAUGGGCUUGUACUAUGAAUCAAUUCCUUGUUUCACAAGCUUCUUCUCUGUUACUGAAGGCCUCUUCUCGUACUUCUGCAUCAUCCAAGUCUUGGGUUGAAACCACUUCUGCCGGUUCCUCAUCUUCUGGCUCCUCUUCAAGUUCAUCCUCCUCUUCAAAGAAGAACGAUGCUGUUGGUGCCUUUACUUAUCCAACUAUCAUGACUGUUAUCGUCAGUGCAUUGGUGAAUUACUUCGUAUUAUAA